AUGACCCAGAAGAGAAGCAGCUUAAGCCACCCUAAAACUCUUUUCUGUUUCAAAAGGUGUCCAAACAAAAGUGAACCAGAAAAUAUAACACACGUCUCAGAAUUCCAUCUCAUGGGACUCCCAGAGGACCCAGACCUGCAGCCCAUCCUCUUUGGACUAUUCCUGUCCCUGUACCUGGUCACAGUGCUUGGGAACCUGCUCAUUAUUCUGGCUGUCAGCUCUGACCCCCACCUCCACACCCCCAUGUACUUCUUCCUCUCCAUUCUUUCCUUGGCUGACAUUGGUUUCAUCUCCACCACAGUCCCAAAGAUGAUUGUGGACAUCCAAACUCACAGUAAAGUCAUCUCAUAUGUGGGCUGCCUGAGUCAGAUGUCCCUUUUUAUUAUUUUUGGAUGUAUGGAUGAAAUGCUGCUGACUGUGAUGGCCUAUGACCGCUUUGUGGCCAUCUGUCACCCCCUGCAUUACUCAGUUAUCAUGAAUCCUCGCCUCUGUGGCUUCUUAGUUUUGGUGUCUUUUGGUUUUAGCCUUUUGGAAUCCCAGUUGCACAAUUUGAUUGCCUUACAGUCUAUAUACUUCAAGGACAUGGACAUUUCGAAUUUCUUCUGUGACCCUUCUCAGAUCCUUAGUCUUUCUUGUUCUGAUAUCUUUACCAAAGAUAUAGUCAUGUAUUUUGUUGGUGUGGUCUAUGGUUUUCUUCCUCUCUCAGGGACAUUUUUCUCUUAUUAUAAAAUUGUUUCUUCUAUUCUGCGAAUCCCUUCAUUAGGGAGCAAGUACAAAGCCUUCUCUACCUGUGGGUCUCACCUCUCAGUUGUUUGCUUAUUUUAUGGAACAGGCAUUGGAGUGUACCUUUCUUCAGAUCAGUUAUCAUUCACCAGAAAGGGUGUGGUGUCCUCAGUGAUGUACACUGUGGUCACACCCAUGCUGAACCCCUUCAUCUACAGCCUGAGUAACAGGGACAUUAGAAGUGCCCUGAGGAGGCUGCACAGGAGAACAGUGUGA